AUGGUGUCAGCUGGCCUUCAAACGUUGGGCCUCGCCCUAUGCAUCACUGGCUGGGUUGGAUCACUCGCUGCUUGUAUCCUGCCCCAUUGGAGAGUGAUACUGUUCAGUGAUUCUAAUCGAAUUGUUUCAGAAGGCCUGUGGGGAUUUUGCUUCCUCUCUCGCGACAUCUACUGCAUAUUUUAUUACCCAGAACGCUAUUUCUCCCCAGACCUCCUGGCUGGCCGAGCUUUGACCAUCGUCUCUAUCCUGAUUGGUAGCGUUGGCAUCCCCCUGGGUAUUGCAGGGGGACAAUGCACCAACUAUCUGAAGGAUGAGCGCUCCAAAGCCAGAAUCCGCCUUGCAUCAGGUAUAAUCUUCAUCAUUGCUGGUGUUUUUUACCUUAUUGCAGUGAGCUGGAUAACACUGUACAAAAGCAUGGACUUCGCCGGUCCAAGGUUCGGGACUCCUCGGGAGAAGAAGCCGGGAUUUUCUCUUUUCAUCGGCUGGUUUGCGACAGCCUUCUUCAUUCUUGGUGGUGCCGUGCUCUGUGUCAACAAGAGGACCAAGAAAUCGUCUCCCCGUUCAUCCGCAGCCAAGAACUAUGUCGGAGGAGAGAGAAGCUUCGUCCAGUGCUUCCUUGUUGAGCUGCACGUACCUUCUGAUGCCUCCUAUCUUUCACUUGAAUUGCUCUGA